GUGGCGGUUGUUACUGACAGUGAAGAAUAAGAAAAGACACGUUACUGGUCCAGGAGAGAAACGAAAAUAAGGUUUAUGUGUACAGAGAGUGCGGAGCGCAUUGACAAAAACUAGAGGGCAGAGAAACAAAGACACUCCGGUAACAAAUACAGCAGAUAGAAACUGAAUCAUCAGAGGAAUUGAAUGUGAAGGAUAACAUGUCCAAUGUAUCCAAGGACAGAAGUAAUAGGUGGCAAGAAACUCAGAAAGGACUACAAUUUAUCCAGUCUACAUUGCCAUAUCCUGGUACCGAACGAGAAUAUGAGGUGUUUCUUCAAGACCUCGUAAGAAAUUUAAAUGAUGAGGGAAAUGAUAAGUUCAGAGAAUGCAAUUGGGCUGAUGCUUUGAAUCAGUAUACUGAGGCUUUAAAUGUAGCUCAUUAUGCAUCUGAAGAAGUCAGUAUUGUAAAUGGAGUAAUAGAAAAGCUGUAUGCAAAUCGUGCAGCCUGCUACUUGAAUAUGGGUCUCUAUAAUCGGGUAUUAGAUGAUUGUGACAAAGCUUUACAGUUGAAUGAUCGUAAUUACAGAGCACUCUAUCGUAAAGCAAAGUCCUUGAAAGAGUUAGGAAGGCAUGAGGAAGCCUACAAAGUUGUUGCAGAGUGUUCACUAGCUGUGCCACAGGACGAUCUUGUAAUAAAAUUAACCCAGGAACUGGCUCAGAAAUUAGGAUUAAAAAUUCGAAAGGCUUAUGUUAGAACACAGCCUCCCUUGACUCCUGUUGUUGCUGUCAGCUCUUUACCUUCUGCUGAAUCUUCUAACCAACCUACCAGUGGUUUGGAUUCUGUUGAAGAUAUUGAAAUAGAUUUCCCAGCAGUGAGUUCAGAACCUUCUGUUUCUUCAUCUGUCUCUUUGGAUGAUAUCUCUCAAACACUAUGUGAUUCAGCCUCAAUUCCAGUCAUUUCUAAUUCUGCAUCACCCACUCCAAAACUGUCGAAGAAAACCAGCCUGUGCAAUACUGCACUGGUGAACGGAGAAGAAGUACCUUUUUCAGUGCCUGAGUCACGUUUAGAAUUCAGUGAUGGUGACAAAAUAGGAGACGAUUUGGAUGAGCUGUUAGAUUCAAUGUCCACUGUUGAAGAUACUCAAAUGAAGCCCAUGAAUCUUAAAGGAAGUAUUUCUUCUAGCCUGCCAGCCAAAAUGCCUUCCAGUAUUCCUUGUCCUAGUUCUGUUUUGGUGCCACCACCCCAAGUUAUAAGUAAUAGUAUUCCUUCAGUGACUCUGCCGUCAGUGUAUUCAUUAUCCAUGAAUAUGCUACCAUAUGAUACGUUUGGUUCAAGAAUGGACUCUUUAGAUUCUCUACCUAUUAUGGAAUCUCAGAGAGCGAAACCCCCAGGUCUUGGAGUCGGGGCUGGCAUACAAGGACAUAACAGUACCUCUUCUUACUUGCCUCUAAAUAGUACAACCAGUCUGUUCAGUAGUAACAGAAAUAUAGGAGUUAUAGGUCAAAAUGGAAGUGGCUUGUCAAGAGGAUCAGAAAUGGGAGCAAAUGAAUUAUCCACACAAACACUAGGUAGAAAUCCGCUGUCGGACACGCAUGAAUUUAAGCAGGCCUGUCCUUCGUGCUUUAAAAUAGAUUCCAAAGGAUUGACAUACACCUACAACAGAGAUGUAGAACAUAAGUGUACAAAGGAUAUUUUAAUUGGUCGAUUGAAGAACCCUGAUGGUAGACCCUGGAAAAAGAUACGACCUAGACCAACAAAGAAUCAGUAUGUGGGUCCUUAUUACAUAUGUAAAGAUGUUGCUGCAGGAGAAGAAUGUAGAUACCCUGGUCACUGCACAUUUGCAUAUUGCCAAGAAGAGAUAGAUGUAUGGACCCUAGAGCGUAAAGGAGCAUUUAAUCGUGAACUGCUGUUUGAUCCCUUUGGAAGUAUCAGGAAGGUUAAUUUAACAGUAGCCAAAAUUCUACAGGAACAUCAUGGCAUAUUUAUGUUUCUCUGUGAGAAAUGUUUUGAUAACAAGCCCAGAAUGAUACACAAAAACAAUAAGGAUAACCAAGCCUACUGUUCCAAUCCAGAUGCCAAGCAUUUAUUUGAGCAGAACAAGUGCCUUGUUCACAUCCUGCGAGAGACAAUGGUGAAAUGCUCUAAAAUCCGAUCUUUUGACAAUACCAGAUUGCUUGAUCUCUGCCGCCAUGAAGUUCGCUUUGGUUGUAACAGAGAGGAUGAGUGUUUCUAUGCGCACAGUUUGAUAGAACUGAAAGUCUGGAUGAUGCAACAUGACACACAUAUCUCUCAUGAAGCAAUUGCUCAGGAAUCAAAAAAGUAUUGGCAGAAUCUGGAAGCUAGUACCCAGUCAGGACAGGUACCUCUUAGCAUGACAAAAUCCAGAAACCUCAACUUAAAGCUCAAAUUUGUGUGUGGACAGUGUUGGAGGCAUGGGCAAGUCAGCGAGCCAGAUAAGAACCGAAAAUACUGCAAUGCUAAAGCAAGACACCCUUGGACCAAAGAACGUCGUGUGCUACUAGUGAUGUCCAAUGAGCGUAAGAAAUGGACAACUAUACGUCCUCUACCAUCAAAGAAACCAAUUCCACAGCAAUUUGAUUUAUGCUUGCAUAUAGCUAAAGGAAAGAAAUGUACAUACACCGGGCUUUGCUCAUUUGCCCACAGUCUUGAGGAAAAAGACAUGUGGACCUAUAUGAAAGACAGUAACAUCUUAGACAUGGAACAGCUGUAUGAAAUGUGGCUGAAGAGCCAGGAGCCAGAGAAAGAGGAAGUAGUUAAUGCACCCAAGGAAAAUGGGAAACAAAUCCACAUGCCAACCGACUAUGCUGAUCUUGUGAUCGGCUAUCAUUGUUGGUUGUGUGGGAAGAGCUGUAAUAGUGAGAAGCAAUGGCAACAGCAUAUAACCUCGGAAAAACACAAAGAAAAAGUUUUUAGUUGUGAGGAUGACCAAAACUGCUGGCAACAUCGUUUUCCUACAGGACAGUUCAGUGUUUGUCAAAUGCAUGAGACAGGUAACUGUCCAGAGGAGGAGAAUUGCCAGUUUGCUCAUAGUAAAGCAGAAUUGCAAGAAUGGAUGGAUCGAAGAGAAGUUCUAAGGCAGAAACUAGCGAAAGCCAAAAAGGACCAUUUGAUUGCUCCAGAUGAUGACGACUUUGGAAAAUUUGAUUUUUUGAUUAAAGACUUAAAUUGAUAUAAUAACCAUGGUACAUUCGAAUUUUCAGAAAUGUGGUAGAAGUUGACAUUUUUUUCAGUUGAAACCAAAACUAAAAGGUGUAUAAGCAGUAAAUCUUUGAAUUGUUCUCCUGCUUUACUUUCCUACAGUAAUAACUACAAUGGUGUUGUGAAAGAGGCAUACAGUAGGGCUAGGAGGGCAGCAGUAUUCUCUGCACUUCCAUCUAACAACAGGCUGUUGUCUGCUGUCAAGGUGACGUGCAACUUGAAAAAAGAAUAAUCAUGGGUUAUAUUAAAGUGCAAGGACUUGAAUAUUUUUGUGAUGUUCUCCAUAAUGUCAUAGGAAUAUAUUUGAGUGACUUAAGACAUAGGAAAAAACUUUGGAUUGUGGAUGUAAGGCUUAAACGAUACAGAAUUCAUAAACAUUUCAGUAUCCAGAUAAGUCAAAACAGAAGAGGAAUGGGGUUCAGUAAUGUGGCAAUCCAACUUGGAUAGUGUGUAACAGUUCAGAGACGAGUUAGCAUCAUUGAAUUUGUUAGAGCAAUAGGAUGCUUCUUUUGAUAACUUUUUUCUUCUAAAUAAUAGUUUUUAAGGAAAAUCAUUCAUCAAUAUAUAAGCUGAAUGGUUUAAAUUUUACCAGCAUUUAAUUAUGUGCUCCAUUGUUGGUAACUGGGAAGCAGGUGUUAAAAGAACUGCAUAAAAUAAUUUCAUUACAGGAUUCAAAAUUAUUAAGUUUUGUUAAGUACAAUGCUUGCUAUUUAAACGUUGAUUUCCUUAAAAAUCACAAGAAUUGCCAGGUGGCAAAAAUAUAUGGACCAAUAUUGUCAAUAAAGGAUAUAAAAAUGUUUACAUUA